UUUCUCUCUCUCUGGUUUUUAUUUUUAUUUUUAUUUAUUUUAUUGGGCUCUGAUGAUGUAGUAGGAGUAGUAGUGAAAAACCAAGCAAAACCCCCAAUCCCCAAUGCUUAGAUUCUUCACCCAUUCAUAGCCCCCUUUGGGUUCCGAGACCCACUCUCUGCAACUCCUCCUUUCAUCUCCCCCUCCUCCAAUACAAGCGGCACUAGUAUUCAACAUACCCACCGCCUGAUUCCCAUCAACCCCCCUCACACUAUGAAGAGGGAGUAUCAUCAUCCUCAUCACCCAACUUGCUCCACGUCCCCCACCGGCAAGGGUAAGAUGUGGGAUGCCGACCCCCAGCAAGACGCCGGCAUGGAUGAGCUUCUCGCUGUUUUGGGCUACAACGUCAAGGCCUCCGACAUGGCUGAGGUCGCUCAGAAGCUUGAACAGCUUGAGGAAGUUAUUGUUAAUGCUCAGGAGGAUGGCCUCUCUCAUCUCGCUUCCGAGACUGUUCAUUACAACCCCUCCGAUCUGUCUAACUGGCUUGAAAGCAUGCUCUCCGAGUUCAACCCCACUCCCAAUUGCGCCCUUGACAACCCAUUCUUGCCUCCCAUCUCCUCUCUCGAUUACACCAAUUGCAGCACCCAACCAAAACAGGAGCCUUCCAUCUUUGACUCCCCGUCUUUGGAUUACGAUCUCAAAGCAAUUCCAGGUAAGGCUCUGUAUUCCCAUAUCGAACAGCCGCCGCAACAGCCAUCGGCCCCUCCUCUCUAUCAAAGGGAUAACAAGCGAUUGAAGCCCACGACUUCAGCUACAGCCAACUCGGUUUCCUCUGUUAUUGGGGGUUGGGGAGUUCCCACCGAGUCCGCUCGCCCAGUUGUCCUUGUUGACUCGCAAGAGACCGGAAUCAGGCUAGUCCACACCCUAAUGGCCUGUGCAGAAGCGGUCCAGCAGGAAAAUCUGAAGCUGGCUGAAGCACUCGUCAAGCAAAUCGGGUUCCUGGCCGUGUCUCAGGCGGGAGCCAUGCGGAAGGUAGCCACCUACUUCGCCGAAGGUCUAGCUCGUCGAAUCUACCGACUCUAUCCUGAUAAGCCUCUCGACUCGUCGUUCUCCGAUAUUCUCCAGAUGCACUUCUAUGAGACCUGCCCCUACCUCAAAUUCGCCCACUUCACCGCCAAUCAAGCCAUCCUUGAAGCCUUCGAGGGGAAAAAGCGGGUUCACGUCAUCGAUUUCAGCAUGAAACAAGGGAUGCAGUGGCCUGCGCUGAUGCAAGCCCUAGCCCUCCGUCCCGGCGGGCCGCCAUCGUUCCGUCUAACCGGAAUUGGGCCUCCUUCCACGGACAACACCGAUCAUCUGCAUGAAGUGGGUUGGAAAUUGGCCCAGCUGGCGGAGACGAUUCAUGUGGAGUUCGAAUACAGAGGUUUCGUGGCCAACAGUUUGGCAGAUCUCGACGCAUCCAUGCUUGAACUGCGAGAUGGGGAGUCCGUGGCAGUGAACUCGGUGUUCGAGUUGCAUAGUUUGCUGGCUCGCCCUGGGGGUAUUGAGAGGGUGCUGUCGGCGGUGAAAGAUAUGAAACCAGACAUAGUGACGAUAGUGGAGCAGGAAGCCAACCACAACGGCCCCGUUUUCCUAGACCGGUUCACUGAGUCGCUUCACUACUACUCCACUCUGUUUGACUCAUUGGAAGGGUGUGGUGUGUCGCCGGUGAACACCCAGGACAAGCUGAUGUCGGAGGUAUACUUGGGGCAACAGAUCUGUAACGUGGUGGCCUGCGAGGGGCCUGAGCGAGUGGAGCGGCACGAAACGCUGGCUCAGUGGAGAGCCCGGUUGGGAUCGGCGGGCUUCGACCCGGUGAACCUAGGGUCCAACGCUUUCAAGCAAGCGAGUAUGCUGCUGGCUCUAUUCGCGGGUGGGGAUGGGUACAGGGUGGAGGAGAACAAUGGGUGUCUGAUGCUGGGUUGGCACACUCGCCCCCUCAUUGCCACCUCCGCCUGGCAACUCGCUAACAAACCUGCCUUGCCCUCCUCCACACCUGCCUCCAACUGAGUCGAGUCCCCCCGUGUUCGUGUUCACUUACCGAACGAGUUGACUCACCCUAACCCGCUUGUAUGACCGUGCCUUGUGACCAUGGGUGAGAUGAGUGAGUAAGAGAGAGAGAGAGAGAGAGAGAGCGAGGGUGAGACCCCACCACUCCUUGUGGCAUGUGCUGUGUCACCCUUUUGUUUUCCCCUCCUUUUUUUCCCCCCUUAAUUUCUUUUAUUUAUUAGGUAUUUUUUGAGGGUUUUCUUUUUUUGGGUGGAAUCUUUGUAUUUUUGAGGGUGAAUCAAAGGUCAAUGUGUAUUUAUUAUAUAUAUAAGUAUAUAGUUUGGUAAUAAAAGAAUAGGACCUUUUUUUGGUAGCAAUUCUAUGAUGAAA